AUGGCGGCGCCCGAAGCCAUUCGCUGCCGUGCCAUCGCCUGGAAAGCGCUCGGCCAUUCUUCUCAACUGGAGACGGCGAGAAGAGGAAGGGGGAGAAAUGGGCGCGUCGGCGUGGAGUAUCUGUGCAUGUCUCCGGCGCGCUGGCGCGGCUGGCUAGCGGGCCUCGUCUCCGGCGCCGGCCGGCUCCUCGCCUCCGUGCUCGGCCCCUCCCCCUCCUCCUCCCCGCGCGGCUCCGGCCCCGCCGCGUCGGGCGGGUCCGCCGCCUCCUCCCCGACCUCGCUCCGGCAUCCCCGCGCGCGCGGCGAGGGCCUCCACGGCGGCGCCGGCGCUGAUUUUGAUGAUUCUGUGCGUGUCCCAUCGAAAAACAAUCAGUUAAACCAGAGUGAGGAGACUGACCUGAAAGGCUAUACGCAGGGAUCCCUAGCAAUUGUCUCAGAAAUUGAGCCGAAAGAUGCCAUAAUGCAGUUGCUUAUGCAGGAAACCUACUCAAGGUCUGAGUGCAGUACACUAAUAAAGAUAAUUCAAGAGCGGGUUGUGGAUCCAGAUUCAGGUGGAAUUGCUGAUGGUGAGAUUGCUCUUCCGAUCAGUUGGAAGGCUGACAACCAACCAACCCUUGGAUAUUCUUCAUUUAGUCCAAAUGUGUCCUUGCCUUCAACAUCAAACUUUCGAAUCCAUGGCCAUGGUUUUGAUAAUAGUGCUGCUGCCGACACAGUUCCAAUGUUAACUCCUGCCAAUCGUAGCCUUUUCAACGAUAAAGCUGACAAUAUUCAGCCUGCUUUCAAACGAAGGUACUCUGUUGUGUGGGAUAUUCCCGAGGACCUUCGAAGAGUCAGGACAAAGGCUGAUGGAAAUCCGAUACACAUCACAAAAUUUAAGAAAGUUGAUGUUGUUAGAAAUCGUCCAGUUUUUUCAGGAGAAGGCAAUAAACUGUUGUCAGAUGUUCCCCUUCUUGGGGCAAACAACUUAGCGCAUUCUAACAUUGUCUCGAAAGUUGAAAGAGCUAAUGAAAAAUUGGAUGUCCCUAGCAAACCUCCGGCAGUGCCAAAUAAGGAUCUGAAGAACGGCUUUCCUUUGAAGUUGGAACCUUUGGAUGGUCUUAGUUCGUUUGAGCAGAAGAUGAUGGACUUGUCACACCAAAAGCAUAAGGAUGCUGCAUAUGAUGACUCAGAUUCUGUCUCAAAAUUAAUGUUCAUGGGGGAUAUUGAGGCCACACCUAGCUUGCAGCUACAAAACGGCUCCAAGAACCGCAGAAGAAAGCAAUCCAACUCUCCGAGGACCACUCCGAGAGCCGCAGAUUCGCCUGCCAUGGGCACACGCCGCAGACUCGGCGACGCCACGGUCAAAGCAGAGGUCAACCUGCUAGAGCAAACCACGCCGAUAACGAUGGACAAGCAAGAUCCAGACUGUGUCCCAGAGAGGAGGCCUGCUGGGAGGCUGAGGAAGGCCAAGUGACUUGUCCUGGAUCCUGUUCAUGGCUUGGAAUCGCCUCUGAAGGUGGAUGGUGGCAAGAAAUAUGCAGUAUGGGACGAUGAUGAACUGACAGGGCACAGGCCACAACACUGCCAUGGAAUUUCAGUGUUUACUCCUGUAGAGACGUAUGCCUGCUGGACAUGGGUUAUUUAGGUGUUUAGAGGGAGAAGGGAAAGGACAACAUGCCUGCCAUGUCACUAGUAGUAUAACCAGGUGGUUUUUAGUCGACUAAAAUGUGCUAGUACAUGCAUCAUGGCAUAGGCUGCACUGACUGUAAAUCAUCGGAAUUCAGUUCCCUGUUUCUUGUGUGAAAAACUCUUUUGGUUCAGUUGUUUCCUGA